UCACACGCAACCAAUAAACCUGAAAGGCCGAAACCAAGAUAAUCUUUUACAGCUUUACUCCUUAUUGAGUCAGUUAUUCAUCACUUUCUGCAGUUUAUAGAGCGAGAAUUCCCAAGCAAAACCCAGAAACAGCGAAAGAAAUUAAAGCCAUGGCAACGAAGCUCAUAGCUUCGAGAAUCCGCCAAACAUGUUGCCGAAAGAAAGUCGGAUCUUUACAACAACAGCUCAGGAAUUUCUCAAUCGCAGCUAUGAAAGAAGAAUACGAAGAUUCAGAAGGUAUUUCAAUGAAAGGGGUAAAAAUAUCAGGUAGACCACUUUAUUUAGAUAUACAAGCAACAUCACCAGUUGAUCCUAGGGUUUUAGAUUCUAUGCUUCCAUUCUAUAUCUCACGUUAUGGUAAUCCUCAUUCAAGAACUCAUCUUUAUGGUUGGGAAUCUGAUCAAGCUGUUGAAAAUGCUAGAUCACAAGUAGCAUCUUUAAUUAAAGCUUCUCCGAAAGAAAUUAUUUUUACAUCCGGUGCUACUGAAUCUAAUAACAUUUCAGUUAAGGGUUUAAUACAUUUUUACAAAGAUAAGAAAAGACAUGUAAUUACUACCCAAACUGAACAUAAAUGUGUUCUUGAUUCUUGUCGUCAUUUACAACAAGAGGGUUUUGAAAUUACUUAUUUACCAGUACGUAAUGACGGGAUUAUUGAUCUUCAAGGACUUAAAUCGGCUAUUAGGCCAGAUACAGGGCUUGUUUCUGUAAUGGCAGUGAAUAAUGAGAUUGGUGUUAUUCAACCUAUGGAAGAAAUUGGGAAAAUUUGUAAGGAAUUUAAUGUAGUGUUUCAUACUGAUGCAGCACAAGCGUUAGGUAAGAUUCCGAUUGAUGUUGAGAAGUGGAAUGUGAGUUUAAUGUCACUUAGUGGGCAUAAAGUUUAUGGUCCAAAAGGAGUCGGUGCACUGUAUAUGAGGAGAAGGCCGAGAGUUAGGGUUGAGGCACAAAUGAAUGGUGGAGGCCAAGAGAGAGGGAUUCGAAGUGGGACUGUACCGACUCCUUUAGUUGUUGGUAUGGGUGCUGCUUGUGAAUUGGCUAUGAAGGAAAUGGAAUAUGAUGAGAAAAGGAUUUCGGGUUUGCAGGAACUUCUGCUGAGUGGAAUUAGAUCUAAGAUUGACGGUGUUGUAGUAAAUGGGAGUACAGAAAACAGGUAUGCUGGGAAUUUGAAUUUAUCUUUUGCUUAUGUUGAAGGAGAGAGUUUGCUAAUGGGGUUGAAGGAAGUUGCAGUGUCUAGUGGUAGUGCUUGUACAAGUGCAAGUUUGGAACCAUCUUAUGUUUUGAGGGCUUUGGGUGUGGAAGAAGACAUGGCUCAUACUUCGAUUAGAUUUGGGAUUGGUAGGUUUACUACGGACGAGGAGAUUGAUCGUGCUGUGGAACUUACUGUUAGACAGGUGGAAAAAUUGAGAGAGAUGAGCCCUCUUUAUGAGAUGGUUAAAGAAGGGAUUGAUAUCAAAAGUAUCCAGUGGUCACAGCAUUAGUAAUUUGCUUAAUGUGUUGUUCUUGAGAUUUGGCAAUAAAUCUUAUUGUAUACACAGCAAAGGGAGAGCUAUAAUUGCUCAGAUGAACAUGGGGCUGCACUCACAAAUCAAUACGCAGGUUUCUUUCUUACGAAGUUCGCAUUCUCAUUCUCAUGAACUCUUGUACUCACUUUUUGUUUGCUGGGUAUGAAUUUUCGCAGUUAAAUUGGUAUCUUUUGGAUAUAUAAUCUUCUGUUUAUGUAUAUGUACAUAUAGCUUAACUUUUGAAUUAGCGUUUGGACAGUAAAUUGCUGAAGCUGGAUAUAUUACAUGAUUACUAGUGCCUACUCUUCUGGUUUUUAUUU